AUGAAUAAACCAAGAAGAAAAAAUGUUAAUAAUGAGAAAGAAUUCAUACCACAAACUGAAUUGGGAUAUUUAGUUAAAAAAGGCUUCAUUAAAUCAAUUGAUGAGAUUUUUGAUCACUCACUCAGUAUAAAAGAAUAUCAGAUUGUUGAUACUUUGAUGGGAUUUAAGAAGUUGAAAGAAGAAGUUUUAGAUGUUUCAGAUGUUCAGAAACAGUGUAAAGCUGGACAAAUUAGUUCUAAGAAAGCUGUAGUUGUUGUUGGUAACGAAGAUGGAUACAUUGGUGUUGGUACUGCUUCAGCUAAAGAAUUUGCAGAUGCUGUCAGAAAAGCUGCUGUUAAAGCAAAAUUGAACCUAUUUCGUGUUAGAAGAGGACAAUGGCAAGGAGAAGGUCAAUCUGUUCAUACAAUUGCUGCUAGUGGAUCUGGUAAGUCUGGUGCUAAAACUAUUAAGAUUAUACCUGCACCAAUUGGAACAGGUAAUAAUUAUGGACGUAUUCCUAGUACGAUAUUCAAGUUAGCUGGAAUUAAAGAUGUUUUUAUUAAGUCUUAUGGAGGAUCAAAAGUCCGUGAGAAUUCUAUUAAAGCACUUAUUGAAGCUAUUCAGAAUGCAUCAUCAUUCUGUAUGCCAGUUGAUUGGGAUAGCAAAGAAAAGAAACUCAACCCUCUUAUUCUUCACUCUCAAUAUUUAAUGAAUUUCACUCCUGGAAAUAAACUCUAA